GAUAUACAUUGUUCCCACAUGCUUUUUACAGACGCGCCAAACAAAACAGUUGACAAAUUAUAGAAAGGUUGUUUUUAAUCGUUUAAAAAUAAUGUGAUACCAAUGUUCUUCCGGAAUAUUUUUGAUUUUUGUUCCUGGGACGUGACUUUUACCCUCACCAAAGUCCGUUUUUAAAAAGAAGUUGUGAGGUGAAAUCCAAGAUGGCCGUCGCUGGACAACAAGUUCCACCGUUUCCUGCUCCACAAGACCAAGAACUCAAAAACAUAAUUGAUAAAUUAGCAAAUUUUGUUGCAAGAAAUGGAACUAAAUUUGAAGAGAUGACAAAAAACAAGCAGAAAGACAACCCAAAGUUUUCUUUUCUCUUUGGGGGUGAUUAUUUUAAUUACUAUAAAUGGAGAGUAUCAGUAGAGAUUGCUCAAGGCAAGCUUAUCCCUCAGCAUUUACAACAACAAGGCCAAUCCUUUCCAAAUUCUCAGACAUCACUGGUCCAACAGGCCAUGGUUCAACAGUCUAUUCAGUCUGCACCAUGGCAGCAACCACAGCAGGUCCAACAGCCUCAUGUCCCAGCUCAACAUCAGGAAAAUCAGCAGCAAUCCUAUCAGUUAUCAACAGAUAGUAUAAAUAUUCCUGAAUUUGAAAGUUUGCUGGCGAAGAUUAUGCAAUCUUGCACCAAAGAACACAUUUCCAAUGGCAAAAACUGGAUUUUCAAACAUUGUAAAACAGAUGAAAAUUUCAAGCAAGUGGCUGAUUAUAUGUUAUUAAGGGUGACAGGCGUUGGAAUGGGAUUUCUACACAAACUACAUAUAAUAUAUUUAAUAAAUGACGUACUUCACAAUGCUGUACGUAAAACGAGCAGUAAUGUCAAGUUUCAACUGCAACAAGUCAUAGUUCCUCUAUAUUGUCAUACGUUUGUUGGGGAGACUCAGGAAAAUCAACAAAGAUGUGCAAAAGUCGUACGGAUAUGGGAAACAAAUAGUUAUUUUGACAGUGAAACUAUCAAGAAAUUAAAAAAUCCUGAGCAGACUAAGAGAGAAUUGACAUCAUCGCCACCAACAGAUCCUCGAACCACGCAAAAAUCAGUUCAAUCAACGGAAACAAAGAAGAGUGAAAAUCAAGAGGUAGAGAACACUAAAACAGAUGCCACCGUUACAGGUACAGAACAAGAAGAAGUAGUAACAUCUGUAACUACAGAAACAGAAAAUUCUACAGAUAAACAAGCGAUUCCUACACUUCAACCACCACCACACACGGAGAACCUACCCUUUCCUCAGCAUCCACCACCUGACCCCAUGUUCACACCUGACCCCAAUUUUUCAUUCCCACCUCCUAAUUUCCAUCAAUUUCCACCCCCUGGAUUUCCUCGGCCACCGUUCAAUCAACCCCCACCUGGAUUUAAUGGUCACCCCAUGCCACCAUUUGAUCCUAACUUUCCUCGACCACCCCACAUGUUUCCUCCAAUCCCUCCACAACAAUUUGAUUACAAUCACGGAUUCUCGGAGCAAGGAUCAGCAGUUCACGAGUAUCAUCAUGGACAAGGAGGUGGGCCUGGGCCAGGGGGUGCACAAGCACAUGGGGCUGGGACUGUCAUUGAAGAGCCUCCUCCACCGCAAGCUAUGUAUUAUGAAUUACCAGCUGGAUUAAUGGUACCACUAAUCAACUCUCCUGACGUUGACUACGAGUCACUGAACCCAGAAGAUGUAAAAUUACCCCCUCCCCAGCCUCCCAGUGAGAGAUUAAUUGCCGCGGUUGAAGCAUUCUACAGUCCUCCGAGCCACGAGAGACCACGAAAUAGCGAUGGUUGGGAGGCCGGUGCUCUACACGAGUUUUACAAAACUAAAUUAAAGUUCAUUAAAGAAAGAGAAAUUCGUGACAAAGUAGAGAAAGUUAAAGAAAUGGCGAAGAAACAACUGCAACCAAAAGAAGAGAAUAAGGAAGAUGAAAUAAGGUCCCGUUCAAGAUCAAAAUCACCGGAAAGAACGAAAGUUUCGUCGCCUAAAAGACGUUCUCGUUCGAGAUCUCCUGUACGUCGUAGAUCAAGGUCAAGAACGAGGUCUAGAUCACGAAGUCGAUCACCACGACGAAGAAGGUCAAGGUCAGUGUCAAGAUCAAGAUCAAAGUCAGGCUCUAGGUCAAGGUCGCGAUCCAGAAGCAGGUCACCCAGGCGUAGAAGAUCACGCUCUCCCAAACGAAGAAGUCCAACGCCCCCGAGUUUUGCUGGAACAUAUCUUCAACAUUCUCUUAAUACAAGAAUUGAUGAAAGUAAUGUUGGGCAUCAGUUGUUAAAGAAAAUGGGCUGGGAAGGAGCCGGCUUAGGGAAAUCGGAACAGGGAAUUCAAGAUCCAAUUAAACAAGGAGAUAUCAGAGAUAAGCAAGAUAUGUUUAAGGGUGUUGGAAUUGAUAUCAACGAUCCCUUUGCUCAGUAUCGAAAAAACAUGAGUUACACCUUCAAUCGUCCACGCAGAGAUCGAGAUCGGGAUAGGAGAUAAAAUGAAUUCUAGCGACGAGCAAAGAGACCGAAGUGAAACCUCUGAGCAGUAUCAUCGCACUGCGUCUGUAACUGUAAAAUAAGUAUUAUCGGUCGGUACCUUUGAAAAAAAUGUUUUGUGAUUGGUUAGUUUGAGUAAAAGAGGUGGUAGACCAUGUAAAAAUGGUCUUUCUAGACACAGUUAUCAGCACUACUCUCCUCUGUUUCUGAAACCAAUCACAAAGCAUCAUGAUAUCAGGUGCUUGUUAGUCAUGUAUUAUUACAAUAGUCCAAUCAAGUGGACGAGUUACUGGGGCGGGAGGGCCCUAGAAAGCUGAACGAAGUGCCGCAACGAUUAUUUUAUUGGUAAAUAUUCCUUAUCCACCCCAUAUAAAGACGCCAGUGUUGACAAUUGACAAGUAAUUGUGUUCUGCUCCAAGUCUCUCUCUUCCUUUGUGGUAAUGUAUUCUACAUGUACAAUAUAGCUGAUGUACAUGUACAGUAGGUUUCCGCAAAGAAUGAGAGACUUAGAGCAAGUCUAUGUUUUGCCUGCACUGGAAGAAAGCUGCAAACAAUGCUCCACUCUGUAACGUUGUUGUCAUGAUGUAAUUAUAAUGAUUGUGUUAGUGUGUGUUUCAUACAGAAAUAAGACUGUUCAAGUAUUUCA